AUGGAAACUUUCAAAAUUAACGAACCAUACCUCGACCUGAGAUGCGGGCUUUCCGAGGGCCCGUUCUGGGAGCGUGAGGACAAUGUCCUCCGGUUUGUUGAUAUCGUAAACAAGAAGGUCUAUCGGGUGAAUCUAGAGCAAGGACCCUCUUCUCUCAAAGAGAUCUCAUAUGACGAUUCCGUCUCGGUCACUGCAGAGCUUGAAGGGGCAAAGGAUAGUUUUCUCUUUGGCGGUAAAUAUGGCAUCGGAUUCGACAAGAAAUCGGGCGGGGAGCCCAAGAUCCUCCAGAGAUACUGGUCGGAAGAAGAGGAGAAGGACGGGAAGCCUAAGAAGAUGAGGGCCAACGACGGGGCCGUUGAUAGCAAGGGCCGUUUCUGGGUCAGCGCGAUAUGCGAUCCCGCAGAGACUACCUUCAAGCCGGAGGGGGCUCUGUUCAGGCUGGACCCAGACGGACAGUUCCACCGCAUAUUAAAUGGUGUCACUAUUGGUAAUGGUAUCAGCUGGUCAGAAGAUGAGAAGAUCAUGUACUUCACAGACACUGGUGACAGGAGCAUAUUUGCCUACGAUUUCGACAAGGAAACUGGCAACAUAUCUAACAAAAGAGUGUUCUUCCUCGCCGAGGAGGGUACAGGGCCAGACGGCCACACCCGAGACGAGGCCGGAAACUUCUGGAUUGCGCUCUGGGGCUCCUGGAAGGUUAUCCGUGUCUCGCCCGAGGGCGAAAUCACCGGCGAGGUUCAUGUUCCAACUCGAUGCCCAACGGCUGUUGCCUUUGCCUGCGAGGACAUCUACAUCACAAGCGAGUCUGAGCAUGAGCCGGAGAAGUACCCAGAGUCGGUCAAGUACUCUGGCAGCAUCUUCAGGUGUCAUGUUGGAACGCGCGGGAAGCCGACAGUUGCUGCUAAACUCAAAGUUUGA